CCAUAUUAUUCAAACGUCAAAAGUCAAUAGAUUGUUUUCUUUGAAACGUCCUCACGAAAUUUUUUCUGCUGUUGAUCUGAGGCAAACAAUCGACGAUGUUUUUGUCGUGCACACAUUUAUUGCAUUGAAUUGUCGGUCGUACGAGUGAACAGAAUAAAUAAUCGCAAUUCGUCAUAACGUUGCCAAUAUUCGUUUCUCGUCCAGUGUGGGGGAUGUAAUGUUAUUUCUCUGCGAACGGAGGCCAACACACAUCUCGGUUCGUUCGUGUUGAACUCUCUUGGCUAUCUUGACAUUAAAUGCAAAAAUAGCAUUUUCGGGUUAAGUGUGAGUCGACGAUAAAAUUGAAGACAAGAAAUUUUUUGCGAUCGAAACCUGGUUUUCGGUUGGUUCAGUAAGAAAUGGCAAUGUCAAAGGGGUUUCGAGUGCUCGAAAAAUCGAAACCGCCGAGUCCGCACAGCAUCCUGCUGGAACAUCGAAACAAAUCGGAUGCACUUUUAUUCGAGUCACAAGCGGUGGCUGUUUUGUCGUCGCAGGAAACUGAAAUUAUCCGCAAGAAUUACACAAAGAUUGCAGACGCAUACGGUUGCCUGGGAGUACUUCAACUCAAUGCCGGCGAGACGUCGGUAUUGUAUCUGGUGGUGGUGACGGGAUGCUUUUCUGUUGGCAAAAUCGGUGACGUCGAAAUCUUUCGCAUCACCCAGACACAGUUUGUGUCGUUGCAACAUCAGCAACCGAAUGAGGACAAAAUUGCCGAGGUGCGCAAGGUGUUGAAUUCGGGCACGUUCUAUUUCUCGUGGUCGGGUGGCAUUACCGUUGGACUGUCCCAAUUCGAUUUGACGUUGUGUGCACAACGUCGACGGCGUGCCAAUGAAGUGGACAAUCGAUUUUUCUGGAAUCGUAUGCUGUUCACACAUCUGAUGCGCUACGGUGUCGACACGGAAUUCUGGUUGCUCAAAACGAUUUGCGGUUCCAUCGAAAUUCGGACCAUUUACGCUGGAAGUCGUCAGGCCCGAGCUGCCAUUAUUUCCCGAUUGAGUUGCGAAAGAGCUGGCACUCGAUUCAAUGUUCGUGGUACGAAUGACGAAGGAUGUGUGGCCAAUUUCGUUGAAACGGAACAGGUCAUUUAUGUGGACGGCGACGUGUCAUCGUAUGUGCAAACGAGGGGAUCUGUUCCACUGUUUUGGGAACAGCCCGGAGUCCAAGUCGGUUCGCAUAAAGUGCGAUUAUCACGUGGCUUUGAGGCGAGUCUGGCCUCGUUCGAUCGACACAUGGUCAUGAUGAAGGCUCGGUAUGGACAUCAGGCCAUCGUUAAUUUACUGGGAACGAGCAUGAUCGGAAGCAAGGAGGGUGAGGCGAUGUUGAGCAAUGAGUUCCAACGCCAUCACAAAGAGUCACAGCAUAGCGAAGAUGUCCAGCACAUCGUCUUCGAUUAUCAUCAGGAGUGUCGUGGUGGCAAUAUGACCGCGUUGGCCAAAUUGAAAAAUCGACUGGAAGAGUACACGUGCCAGUUUGGCAUUUUUCAUGCGUCCGGCGAUCAGGUCUUGAGUGAACAACGGGGAUGCAUCAGGACGAAUUGUCUCGAUUGCCUGGAUCGAACGAACUGCGUCCAAACAUUCCUCGGUUUGGACACUCUCAACGAACAGAUCCAAGUGAUGGGUCUCGCCGAUAAGCGACAGGCUAACACGCGGUUCGAAGAAGUUUUCCGACAGAUGUGGGUCAACAAUGGCAACGAGGUCAGUAAAAUCUAUGCGGGCACCGGAGCGAUACAGGGUGGAUCUAAGCUGAUGGACGGUGCUCGUUCGGCAGCUCGCACCAUUCAAAAUAAUCUUCUGGACAAUUCAAAGCAGGAAGCGAUCGACAUUCUCCUCGUUGGAUCGACACUUUCGUCCGAAUUGGCUGACAGAGCCCGGAUACUAUUGCCAUCUAAUAUGCUGCACGCACCGACAACGGUUCUGCGAGAAAUGUGCAAACGCCACACCGAAUACGUUCGGCCGAAGGAAAUUCGAGUGGCGGUCGGCACGUACAACGUCAAUGGUGGCAAGCAUUUCCGUAGCGUUGCGUACAAAGAUGUGUCGUUAGCCGAUUGGUUACUCGACUCACAUCAACUGGCUCGAUCGAAAUCAUUGGUCGACGUCAGUCACCCGCAGGACGGUUCCAGCGAACCAUUGGACAUUGUUGCCGUUGGUUUCCAGGAGAUUGUGGAUUUGAAUGCUGGUAACAUUAUGGCUGCCAGUUCGGACAAUGCGAAAGCCUGGGCGGAAGAACUACAACGAACACUGUCCCGAGAGCAUCCGUAUGCACUGUUAACAUAUCAGCAAUUGGUCGGUGUGUGCUUGUACAUUUUCAUAAGACCAGAGCAUGCGCCACAUAUCCGAGACGUGGCUGUCGACUGUGUGAAAACUGGUCUGGGCGGUGCAACGGGAAAUAAAGGUGCCACAGCAAUCCGAUUUGUGUUGUACGGUUCAUCCAUUUGCUUUUUGGCCGCUCAUUUUGCUGCUGGUCAGUCUCAAGUUGCCGAACGGAAUGCCGACUAUGCGGAGAUAACGCGAAAGAUCGCCUUUCCGAUGGGUCGGUCACUGAAGUCACACGAUUACGUUUUCUGGUGCGGCGACUUCAACUACCGAAUCGACAUGGACAAAGAGGAGUUGAGGGAGCAACUGAAAACCGGUGAAAUCGAUCCCGUUCUCCAGCACGACCAGUUAAACGAGCAGAAGGCGCAAGGAAAUGUGUUCAACGAUUUCAUCGAAGGGCCCAUAACAUUCCCGCCGACAUACAAGUAUGAUCUGUUCAGCGACGACUACGAUACCAGCGAAAAAUGUCGGGCACCAGCUUGGACAGAUCGCGUACUGUGGCGUCGCAGAAAAUCGCAUCCAGACGCUGAUAAAUCACCCGACUGGAAUCAAGGCAAACUCAUCCACUACGGCCGUUCCGAAUUGAAGCAGAGCGAUCAUCGGCCAGUCAUCGCAAUUAUCGACAUAGAAAUCUUUCAAAUUGAUCAGGAGCUGAGACAGCAAGUGUUCCGUGAGGUUAUCCAGUUCCUUGGGCCACCAGAUGCAACCAUCGUCAUUCACGCGGAACAUUCGACCAAUCACGAUGACGACGAUGAAUCCAGCAUCUAUGACGAGGAUGUAAUGGCAGCGCUGCUCCAAGAGCUAACACAAAUCGGUGAGGUGACACUCGUGCGUUACGUUGGCGAAACAAUGUGGAUCACAUUCCGUGACGGUCAAUCGGCACUCACAGCCGUCCAGAAACGUUCGGUAUGCGUUUGUGGCAUCACAUUGCAUUUCAAGCUGAAAACCGAAAACUGGGUCGAAGAAGUGGAACGUGAGAUAGCACUCUGCACCACCAACACCGUUCCAUUGUGCGAUUAUCAACCGAUUGCGCCGGCCGAUUACAAUUCGUUAGGCAUACCGAAAGUACCGCCACAACGGCCGAAAAGUCCACAGAGACCAGCGCCACCAUCUCGUCCACCAUUACCGAAAUCGACAAAUGCAUCGCCGAAACAUGUGCCGAGAGCCGGUGUUAUCAGCGUCAUUCCGGAUAUGUUGGGCCGAAUGAAAAUUGAACCGCCCGUGUCGGUGCCAAGUCAACCAAUUUCACCGCAAGAGGAACAACAAUCGACGGCCAUUUACGAGGAAAUUAACGACGACAAUUUUAAUAUUCCCGUUCCACGCGAACCACCACCAGUACUUCCGCCACCUGUACUACCAUCAUCAUCCGGUCCAAUGAGACCGAACGAAUAUCAACAGCCGGACGGAAAUGUUUAUGACCUAGACGUAACACAACAAGAACCACCACGCAUUCCACCGACAGUAGUGCGUCAACAGCCACCACCAUUGCCAAUGCGUGUGCGACCGCCGAUUCCCAGUCGAAGUGGUGCACCACCACCGUUACCGAACCGACCGAAUCAGUAAGGACCAAUUGUGGAUGCGUUUCUUUUGUAAAUUUUGAGUGUUCGGUAUCGGAACGCGUAGCUCGUUGGGUCGCGUCCGGUGGCAGGAUAAAUGUUAGCUGAAUUUAAAGUUUUAAGAAAUUUAAUUUAUUUUAAUUUAAAAGCAAAGCAAAAAUGAGGAAAUCUAUCAGCAGAAGGAGAUGAGGAAGACGAAGGAGAAGAAGAAUUAGGAAAUCAUUCAACCGAUUGUGUAGCUAGGUAGAUGAUGUGAUAAAAUCAUGAUUAUAUCGUUAGUGCAUAACCGGUAGCAAGUGAUUCGUUGAUGGAACAGU